AUGGUGAAAUGGCAUCUCAAGGGAAUCACCAAGCUAGGACAGCACGAAGACGUGAUAUGGAACCCAAAACUGGCAUUGUACCUAGUAGUGAGAGGUAAAACUGUGGCAAUACAUAGAGCGACUGACGAUCAGCUAAUUGGGACUGUCCAACUGAAGGAUCACGAACAAGUUAUAGGAUUCCAAUGGGACCAGACCGAGGGUAAACAGUUUGCGACAUUUUACUCGAACGGAACAGUGAAGAUUUACGACUGUGCUACGAGUGGAAAUCUACGACAAGUCAUCAAUGUGCUUGCCUGGCAGAACGAGGAAAAUGUGGCUCUCGACUUUGCUGUUUGGUCGCGUAGCGCAUGGGAUCAAUUCCCAGUGACGUAUGCAGCUUUGGAAACAGAUUUACCAGCUCUAAUGCCCGGCAUGGUUCGCAUUGUACGAGAUUCAAAACAAGUUUCAAUGGCUCCUUUAGAGUCUUGGGAUAUGGGGCAGCAUACCAAGCCCGACACUGCUAUACUUCUGGCGCAUUACAAGGGAAGCAACACUGGGACUAUUAAGCCGGGAUAUGUUUUGAAUAUUGGAAAUCAGAUCACCGUGCGCUUUGAAAGCGGUAUAACUGACAUGUUUAAGAUUUUGCCGCCGAAGAACAAACACGGACCAUUUGUGGGGGUGGGCAGCAACGGGGCUAUCGAGUACAUACGGCUUCCUUUACUCGAAUCUCCUUUGAUGGGGGAACUUGUUAAGUGCUCCGGCCAAGUUCGAUCUCUGUGCUCAUACUUAAUUGAAAACAUCGCAGUGUGUAAGACUGAUGUGAUCGAGCCAUAUGCCGUGUUUUUAACACGGAUUACCGACGCGUUUGACGCAGAUUUGUACACACAGUUAUGUGAGGUACUUCUUACGGGCUAUGUGACUUUAGAACUCGAAGAUUGGCUUUGCAGUAGUAUCGGCGAUAAAAACUACAAGCGCUGGAAACAGUUGUCUUCACGGAUGUACCGAGACCUUAGUAAUAUACUAGCAGUGGCGAUUAUUCCUGCUUGCGAGAGACUGUUAUUGAUGUGUGAAAAGCUCCAGGGCGUACACAAGAGCGUGAGACUACAGAAAAUGACGGAAUUGCACGAAUUUGACGAACAAAAGUGGGCUAGCCCGCAAGUUGACGAACUGAAAACUGCUGUCGAGGACGUACUCAAGGAUGUGCUUCAGUGGGCUGUCGCUUUAAACCGCGAGUCCGCGAUACACGGAAGUUUCGCAGAUUGGUUUUUCGACGUGGUGAUGGAAUGUGUGGAUGAAGACUACAAGAAGCCAAUCGGUCGUCAAGGGGCCGCACUUCAGAUACGAGAGUAUCUCGAAAAAACCUGGAGGGUGGCCGACGCGCCAGUCGCCAGUAGUCAAAUCCAGUCGCUACAUAGUAGAGUCCAAGACACCGUGGUCACGUGCUCACAUCGUAUCGACCAAGUAUACACCAAGCCAUGGGUGUUGGAACUAAUCGAUGUUUCUUCGACCGAGGGUGGUUCAAUAAGUCAUCCUAAGCCCAUUUCACUCAUGCUAGAUGCGACAUGCGAUGAAUCGGGGUCCCUCUUCGUCGCUUUUACGGCCAGCCCUGGGACAAGCAACCUUCAAGUAUCUGUGCUACCACUUCAAUCAGUGGCAGCAACAACUACUUCGCCUGUAUCGACCUUCGGCUCCUCUAUCUCAUCUGCCAUUGUUGAUGCCACAUUUCUUCAAUGUAAUGACUUUUCAUUAAAGCUCGUCGUUUUACACGAAACCGAAUCAGGAACAGCGAAUGUUCAUUCACUGGUGUCUACAUUGGAAGUCAUUCCGUCCAAUCUCAUAGCUUCCAAGCUCACACUCGUGGCAUCGAAAUCGCAAAUUCUUAUGCAGACUGAAGCUGCAGCUAAAUUAGUUAGGGUUUUUCCCUCAGGACCUAUUCUUUCAGUUCAUUAUGGCGACUGUAUGGCAAUACAUGAAAUGUCAUGUGAGAACGACGACAGUGAUGUGGAUGUGGUGCUUACACAUCAAAACUAG